UGUUCCACUGAUUUCGCUCCUUCUGCAGGUUGCCAUGCAUCGGAUGUUGGGAAGCGUUAACAGCAUGGUCGCGCACGAAAAACACCGGGAGUACUUGGGGACCUUAAAUGUGGACUCCUGCUGGCGGACACGCGCUGUCAUGGACCAGUACGCUGUGGAUUUCCCGGACUGGAACUACGACUGGCUGGUUGUCUGGCUGAAAGUGCUGCGCGUCCUCUUCCCGCAAUGGGCGGGCUACGUCGUCAUGGAGGCAGUGGGCGACUUUGAGGGGGUGGAGCUGGAUUACGGGGCCGUGCUGACGACGGAUUCCCAGCCCAAAGUGGUGCUGAUCGUCAAGGGGUUCUUGGGCCUGUGGCCGGGCUACGAACGGGCGGGGGAGUUUCGCCAGGAGUGGGACCUGCGCACGCUGUCGUAGCAGAUGCGCGACAGCGGCGUCGCCCGCUUCCCUGAGCGCAUGUUCUGGCUGUGCUUCCGCGGGGUGCACCCUGAGUGUGGCUGGCAGGAGGGAGCGACGUUCCCGCAACGCUUCUGGCCCGAUGACGCCGACAUGUACCACGACGUGCGCCAAGAGGAGUCGGUUAAAAUGUUGUGCCGUUUCGCGCAGUUGGUGGUGGAUCGAAUGAUGCGUGUCGAUUGCAUCCGCAAUCGCGCUGUGCUCAG